CACUUCUCUUCACAGUCUGUUUUAUUCUCAGAGUGAAUGAGUUUGCGGCUUCACGGGAGCGCUGUAAUGUGAAAAGCCGCAUUUGCACUAUUAGUACGCUCGCACUGAAAAGAAAAAAACACGAGAGCACGUUUCUUUUCUCUUCACAUCUCUAGUCACAUCCCGAGAGUGGAUUAACACAUUGAAGUGCUACAACCAUGUCCAGGCCAGCGGGAGGCAGUGUUAAUGAUGUCACCCACUUCCUGUCCACGGGGGCGGGGCCUGCGUCACCAACCUCAGUGUUCUCCGCCUCCAGCCAAGCUGAUUGGGCGGCUAAGAGACUCGUAUGGGUGCCUUCAGAGAAACAUGGGUUUGAGUCUGCAAGCAUGCGCGAGGAGCGAGGCGACGAGGUGGAUGUGGAGCUUACAGACAGUGGGAAGAAGCUGACGCUUUCGAGGGAGGAGCUCCAGCGGAUGAACCCACCUCGAUUCAGUAAAGUUGAAGACAUGGCCGAUCUCACGUGCCUCAAUGAGGCCUCUGUCUUAAACAACCUACGAGAGAGAUACUAUUCAGGACUCAUAUAUACAUACUCCGGCCUGUUUUGUGUGGUGAUCAACCCCUAUAAGAACCUGCCCAUCUAUACAGAAUCCAUCAUAGAGAUGUAUCGUGGGAAGAAACGGCACGAGAUGCCCCCACAUAUCUACGCCAUAUCGGAGGCGGCCUACAGGAGCAUGCUGCAAGACAGAGAAGAUCAGGCCAUCCUGUGCACAGGGGAAUCUGGUGCAGGAAAGACGGAGAACACAAAAAAAGUGAUUCAGUAUCUGGCACAUGUGGCGUCCUCACACAAGUCUGGCACUCUGGGUCGUCCCAAAGACAGCGCCCUACAGAUGGAUGGGACGCGCUCUCUGGGUCGUGGCAGUAGUUCUGUGAACAGGACUAUGCAGUAUGGGGAACUGGAGAGACAGUUACUGCAAGCAAACCCCAUUCUUGAGGCCUUCGGCAAUGCCAAAACCGUCAAAAAUGACAACUCUUCCAGAUUUGGCAAAUUCAUCAGAAUCAAUUUUGAUGUUGCUGGAUAUAUUGUUGGUGCUAAUAUUGAGACCUAUUUGCUGGAGAAGUCCCGAGCCAUUCGUCAGGCUAAAGAAGAGCGAACCUUCCAUAUCUUCUACCAGCUCCUCUCUGGAGCUUCUGAGGCCAUGAGAAAGGAGCUUCUGCUGGGCAGUGCGGAUCAGUACCGCUUCCUCUGCGGGGGGUCACUUCCUGUUCAGGGUCAGAGUGAUUCAGAAAACUUUACGCAGACAAUGGACUCGGUGACUAUCAUGGGCUUCACCCAGGAAGAGUCCACAUCUAUGUUAAAGGUGAUCUCUGCAGUGCUGCAGUUUGGGAACAUCACGUUUCACAAAGAGAAGAACACCGAUCAGGCCUCAAUGCCGGAUGACACAGCAGCGCAGAAACUCUGCCACCUGCUGGGCAUCAGUGUACUGGAGUUCAGCCGAGCCAUUCUCACCCCCCGCAUUAAAGUGGGCCGCGAGUACGUCCAGAAGGCCCAGACCAAGCAGCAGGCUGAUUUUGCAGUGGAGGCUUUGGCGAAGGCCACAUAUGAGCGUCUUUUCCGUUGGCUGGUGCACCGCAUCAACAGAGCCCUGGACCGCAGACAGCGUCAGGGGGCCUCGUUCAUCGGGAUCCUGGACAUCGCUGGAUUUGAGAUCUUCCAGCUGAACUCAUUCGAGCAGUUAUGUAUCAACUACACUAAUGAGAAACUACAGCAGCUGUUCAAUCACACCAUGUUUGUACUGGAGCAAGAGGAGUACCAGCGAGAGGGCAUCGAGUGGAACUUCAUCGACUUCGGUCUGGAUCUUCAGCCCUGUAUCGACCUCAUUGAGAGACCGGCUCAUCCUCCCGGCGUCCUGGCAUUGUUGGAUGAGGAGUGUUGGUUUCCGAGGGCAACUGAUCGCUCAUUUGUGGACAAGCUGUCAGCUGAGCAGGGUUCACACUCAAAGUUCAUGCGGCCGAGGCAGCUUAAAGAAGAGGCCGACUUCUCCAUUAAACACUAUGCUGGCAAGGUGGACUAUAAGGCAGAUGAGUGGCUGAUAAAGAACAUGGAUCCAUUGAAUGAUAAUGUUGCAUCUCUCCUGCAUCAGUCGUCUGAUCCCUUCAUCUCUGAGCUGUGGAGGGAGGAUAUUCAAACUCUUCCUCGCGUGUACUUUUUUGACUCUUAUGCCACACUGCAAACCAAUGGCACUGACAGCAUGGAGAGGAUUGUGGGUCUGGAUCAGGUGUCAUCUGGUGAGAGCAGUGGACCGGUGAAUUUUGGGGCGGCCGGGCUCAAGACGAAGAAGGGCAUGUUUCGCACCGUGGGACAGCUCUACAAAGAGUCCCUCGCUAAACUGAUGGCCACCCUCCGCAACACCAACCCCAACUUCCUGCGCUGCAUCAUCCCUAACCAUGAGAAAAGGGCAGGGAAGUUGAGUCCUCAUUUGGUUCUGGAUCAGUUGAGGUGUAAUGGGGUGCUGGAGGGAAUCAGAAUCUGCAGACAGGGCUUCCCGAACCGCAUCCCAUUCCAGGAGUUCAGACAGAGGUAUGAGAUCUUGACUCCGAAUGCUAUUCCUCGAACCUUUAUGGAUGGCAAACAGGCGUGUGAGCUAAUGAUCAGUGCUUUGGAGCUGGACAAGAACCUUUUCCGGGUGGGACAGAGUAAGGUGUUCUUCCGGGCUGGAGUUUUGGCUCACCUGGAGGAAGAACGAGACUUGAAGAUCACUGACACUAUCAUCCACUUCCAGAGCGUGGCCCGUGGAUAUCUUGCCAGGAGGGCGUUCCAUAAGAAGCAGCAGCAGCUCAGCGCUCUGCGUGUGAUGCAGAGGAACUGUGCUGCGUACCUGAAGCUCAGAAACUGGCAGUGGUGGAGACUCUUCACCAAGGUGAAGCCCUUGCUGCAGGUGACCCGCCAGGAUGAAGAGAUUCAAGCUCGGGAAGCACAGCUUCAGAAAGCCAAAGACAAUCUGAGUAAACUAGAGCAUGACUUUUCUGAACUGGACAGAAAAAACCAACAGCUGAUGGAGGAGAAGUCAGUGCUGACUGACCAGCUGCAGGCGGAGGCGGAGUUAUUCGCAGAGGCAGAGGAAAUGAGAGCGCGGCUGGCCAGUCGCAAACAGGAGCUUGAAGAUGUGUUGGGGGAGCUUGAGAGCCGAUUGGAGGAGGAAGAGGAGAGGACCCUUCAGCUGACCAAUGAGAAGAAACGAAUUCAGCAACAUGUGCAGGAUCUGGAGGAACAGCUCGAGGAGGAAGAGGGAACACGUCAGCGCCUCCAGCUGGAGAAAGUCACCCUGGAGAGCAAAGUGAAGAGUCUGGAGGCUGAGACGCUGACUGUGGGAGAGCAGAGAGACAGAUUAAGCAAGGAGAAAAAACAGCUGGAAGAGAGACUGAAUGAAGUGUCAGAUCAACUCACAGAAGAAGAGGAGAAGGUGAAGAGUCUUAACAAGCUGAAAAACAAACAGGAAGCUGUCAUUGCUGAUUUAGAAGAGCGUCUGAAGAGGGAAGAGCAGGGCCGUCUGGAACAGGAGAAGUGGAAGAGGCGGAUGGAAGGAGAGGCAGUGGAGGCCCAAGAGCAGCUGUCUGACCUGAGCUUACUCGUCACUGAGCUGAGAGGCAGCCUGAGCCAAAGAGAGAAAGAGAUCACCACACUACAGACACGGCUGGAAGAAGAGGCGGCACGUCGUACAGAGGCUCAGAGAGCCCUGAGAGAGGCCAUGUCUCAGGUCUCUGAGCUCAAAGAGGAGGUGGACAACGAAAAAGGAAUGAGGGAGAGAGCUGAGAAACAGAGGAGAGAUCUGGGAGAGGAGUUAGAGGCAUUGAGGACUGAACUAGAAGAUACAUUGGACACUACAGCUGCUCAGCAAGAGCUCAGGUCUCGCCGUGAGGCUGAGUUAGGAGAGCUUCAGAGAUGUUUGGAGGAGGAGACCCGUCGUCAUGAAGCCCAGCUGUCAGAGCUCCGCAUCAAACACACCGCUGCCAUAGACUCCCUACAGGAGCAGCUGGACAACGCCAAGAGAUCCCGUCAGUCUCUGGAGAAGGCGAAGGCCGUUCUGGAGGAGGAGCGCAUGAACCUGAGCGCUGAGCUGAAGACUUUACAGGGAGGGAAGAUGGAGAGCGAGAGGGGCAGAAAGCGAGCAGAGGGACAGUUACAGGAACUCAACGCACGCCUCUCACAGGCUGAGAGAGAAAGAGGGGAGCGAGAGGAGCGACUAAGUAAACUCCAGUUGGAGCUCGAGUCUCUGUCCAGUUCCCUAUCCUCAUCUGAGUCCAAAUCUCACCGCCUAAGCAAGGAGGUCAGCAGUCUGGAGAGCCAACUACAUGAUGUGCAGGAGCUACUGCAGGAAGAGACACGGCAGAAGUUGGCGCUGGGCUCACGUGUACGUGCUCUAGAGGAAGAAAAAACUGGAUUGAUGGAGAGACUAGAGGAGGAGGAGGAGAAGACCAGAGAACUUACACGCCAGAUUCAGAACCACACACAACAGCUGUCUGAUCUAAAGAGGCAGACCGAGGAAGUGAAUUCAGCGGUGGAGGUCGGUGAGGAGGCCAGGAGGAAGAUGCAGAGAGAGCUGGAGAAUGCCAUACAGAGAGAGAAAGCCAAAGAAGAAGAGAAAGAACGCAUAGAGAGACAGAAAGAACGGCUGAGAGAAGAGAUAGAGGACAUGACAAUUGCUUUGCAGAGAGAAAGACAAAACUGCACUGCUCUGGAGAAACGACAGAAGAAAUUUGAUCAGUGUUUGGCAGAGGAGAAAGCAGUUAGUGCUCGGCUGCUGGAGGAACGGGACCGCGCAGAAGCAGAGAGUCGAGAGAAGGAGACGCGUUUCCUGUCUCUCUCUAGAGCCUUGCAGGAAGCAACAGAUCAGAGAGAUGAGCUGGAGAGAACCAAUAAGCAGCUCCGCCUGGAGAUGGAGCAGCUCGUCAACGCCCAAGAUGACGUGGGCAAAAAUGUUCAUGAGCUAGAACGUUCUCGACGGGCUUUGGAAACAGAAGCCCAGUCUCUGAAAGAACAGACCCAGGAGCUGGAGGAUGAGCUGACAGAAGCUGAGAACGCUCGCCUCAGACUGGAAGUCACCCUUCAGGCUCUUAGAGCUCAGUUUGAGAGAGAGAUCAGCACUAAAGAGGAGAAAGGGGAAGAAAAGAGGAGAGCACUCAACAAACAGGUGCGAGAACUUGAAACAAUGCUUGAAGAGGAGAAGACUCAGAGAGCUCAGGCUUUGACUGUCAAAAAACAACUGGAGACAGAGCUGCAGGAGGCGGAGGCUCAGGUGGAAACAGCCAAUCGGGGCAGAGAGGAAGCACUAAGACAGAUGAAACGUCUCCAGACUCAGAUGAAGGAGCUUAUUCGUGAGCUUGAUGAGACCAAGUUGGCUCGAGACGAGAUUGUUGCCCAGUCAAAGGACAGCGAGAAACGGCUGCAGACGCUGGAAGCAGAACUAUUACAGCUGACAGAGGAGCUGGCUGUUUCUGAGAGGCAGCGGAGACAGGCCCAGCAGGAAAGAGAGGAACUGGCAGAUGAAAUCGUCAACAGUACAACUGGAAAAUCUGCACUGUUGGAAGAGAAGAGGCGUCUUGAGGCCAGAAUCACUCAGCUGGAGGAAGAGUUGGAGGAGGAACAAAGUAACGCUGAACUACUAGCCGAGAGACAGAGGAAGAGCAACUUACAGGUUGAAACACUUACAGUCCAGUUAUCUGGAGAGAGGACGCUGGCACAGAAGAGCGAGAGCGCACGAGAGACUCUGGAGAGGCAGAAUAAAGACCUGAAAACUCGUCUCAGUGAGAUGGAGGGGGCAGUGAAGGGAAAACAUCGCCUCAGUGUCGCCGCCCUGGAGGCCAAGAUAGAAUCUGUGGAGGAACAACUGGAGCAGGAGAGACAGGAGCGAGCCAUGGCCAAUAAGCUUGUGAGGAAAACAGAGAAGAAACUGAAAGAAGUUCUGAUACAGGUGGAAGAUGAAAGGAGACAUGCAGAUCAGUAUAGAGAACAGUUGGAUAAGUCUAUGGGACGUCUCCGUCAGCUGAAGAGGCAGUUAGAGGAGGUGGAGGAAGAGAACUCUCGCUCCAACGCUCAGCGCAGGAAGCUACAGAGAGAGCUGGAGGAAAUGAGCGACAGCAUGCAGAUCAUGAACCGCGAGCUCAACACUCUCCGUUCCCAACUCAGCGUCACAGAACGGCAGAAGUCAGAACAGCGAGCUCCGCUCCCUAUCUCCAUGCGUGCUGGCCGCAGGGCUCUGGUGGAUGACCUUUCUCAGGAGAACUCUGAUUCUGAGGAUCCAGGUGCUUCUCCCACCCCGUCCAGUGGCCCUCCGGGUACCCCCACACCCUCAGACAAUGCCCUGGGCCCCCCUCCCCCAUACAGCCUUACCGACGCUGAAUAAGAAGGGGAGAUGACAGAUGGACAGUUUUACUGGUUUAACUUACAUAGCUUUUGCAAUCGUACACAUAACAGAACAUCCGUGCUGUCACACAUAACUUGAAACUAGUUAAUGUGAUUUAUUGAUUUUAAAUGAACAGAUUAGCAUGUAAGAUGGAGAAAGACUGAUGCAGUACUCUUAUAGUACUAUUUAAACCAAGCAAGCAGUGAUUAAAGACUGCAGUUUUUAAGUUGAGGAGAAAAGAAAUCAACAUUUCCCAGCAUUCCUUGGGAAAUACAAGUACUGUAUAUCGGUGCAGUAUAUCAGGCUUGUUGUGGCAAAAUUAUGACGCCAUCUCAAGCUCUCUCUCAAUCAAUCAAAAGCCAUGUGUUUAGGAGAAAUUUGCAUGUUGAUGGCAAUCAAAGGCCAUCAGGUAUUGCACAGAUGAUCCACGAUCAGGCUAAAAUGCAUCAUCUGUGCUUGCACAAGCCAUCAAACCCUCAAAGCACUGAGAAACUUUCUCUCUCUCACUCCUAAAAUAAUGUAAUGUUUUAAGAAAUUGAGAGUUGAACAGGAUCAAGGAUGUCUCUUUGGUAUUUUAAAAUAUCUCUGUGUUUAAAUUUUAAAAGUGAUAGCUCUACUUCAGAUAAAUAGACAACAGUGCUUUUUGUUAUACAUAAUUAGGCAGAGAUGAUGAUUAUGGAAGCCCAUUUCCACCCCAGAAAAAAAAAAAAAAAAGGUAAUUGCAAUUUUAUGUCACAACCGCAAUUUUGAUUCUCGUAAUAGUGACUUUAUAUCUCACAAUUUGACUAUACUUCACAAUUGCAACUUUCUUUCUCAAUAUUGUGACUGUAUAUGUCACAAAUGCAAGUUUGUUUUUCUCAGUUGCGACUUUAUGACUCACGUGACGUUAUAUCUCACAGUGUAACUUCAUAUCUUGCGAUUUAAAUAAUGGCGCAAACAGCAGUGAAUUUUCGAGCGCAAGUAAAUUGCAUUGCGUGAUUCUUUUAAAUACUUACCUCUCAUAAAUUUACUGAUUGAAAGAGAAACUCCUACAAAUGCAUAUUAAAUAAGGUGAGUCCCAAAAAUAACUGGGUCCACGCCUUUUUAGCAUUACUUUCCCACUGCGUAUAUACCUAUAUCUUAUAAUUGUGACUUUAUAUCUCACAGCGUGACUUUAUUUCUUAUUUUAAACUUUAUGUCACAGUUAUCUUUUUCAUUUUUUACUCUGCGGUAAAAAGGGGCUUCCAUAGGUGGCAAUGAUUGUAUAAUACAAAGACAGACAAGUGAGAAAGAGAAAAUGCUUUUCUAUUAAAUUAAUAUGCUACAAAUUUGAGCUGUCCAUUAUAGCUUUUACAUCUUAGCCAUAAUCUAACCAUUAGAAAAAAAAAUGAGGAUACUGAAAAUAAAUAAAAAAAAUACAUAAAAGGUCAAAGAGAUACUGGACUUAUAGCAGAAAACAAAAGAAAAGCAGCCCACCUCCAUGUAGAUUUAACAGUAACGACUCUUAGAUAUCUGAAAUAUACCUGCUGUGAUCUCAUUCAGUUCAGCUCCUUAUUAAGUUCAGGGUAUCUGUGCUGCAGAUCAGACCCUCUUAGAUACUGUGUGUAGAUAGUUACAGGGAUGCUUUUGUUAGUAGUGACAUAGAUAGGUAGUUAGGAUUUCUUAAUUUAUGUCUUUAAACAUCGGCUCCAGACUUGUUGUAAUUUUUUAUCAAAUAAGAGAAUUCCAGUAUGCAGUCUAUUUAUUUUGUUUUGUAUUGAUUUUUUGUCUGCACAUAGACAUGUUAUGGUUGUUGUAUAGUUUGCGAUCUUAAGUGAAAACAAGGCGAAAUGAAAGAGAAUUUGAGGGUAAGGAUGGGUUUACAGUUAGCAGGGUAUCAGUCACUAACACUGGACAGAAUAAAAAAUACAUUUUCACUAAAUAAGCUGCAGUGGACCUCAAAGAAUAUAUAACACAUCAAACUCAAAUAACACAUUCGUCAAUAUGGUUUUGCCACUGGGCAAGCGUGAGAAGUCUGUUAUCAGGAUUUCUGAUUGUUUCAUGGUGUGAACUUGGAAGAUAUAAAAAUGUAAUAUCUUUCCCAGGGUUUGAAGGCUGCUAGUUAUUACUUAUCUCAUUAUAUCAAUGCAACUUUUUUUUUUUAAAUCAAAAGGACAUAUUGUAUUUUUGUUUGAUUGUUUGUUUGUUCAUUUUUGAAUGUGGUAAAUAUUUAUGGUUCAAAGCGUUUGUUACACACAAUCUGGGGCAUAUGGAUGACUAAAGGGACAUUAUUUUAGCUGUAUGCAUGUCAACAGUGCCUGUAGUAUCUGCAAAAAAUACACAACGGAGUCUAUUGAAAAUCAGUGAAAUAAUAAGAACGAGGUCUGGAAUUUAAUAAAUAAAUUGCAACAUUAGGUCUCCCUGAACAGCAAUCUGACUCAGACAUCCUUCUCAAAGAUACUUUUUGGAUUAAAGUUGUUGAUUGGUUCUGAAAUGUUUUUUGUUUUAAUUGAUGAAUUCAUGACAAAUGAAAGUUUCCUUAACCUUCACUAUACGCAAGUUUCUAAUAUUGUCAUUCAUAGAUAUUGUAUGGUGAUGAGCAUUUUAAUACACUGCUCUAGUUUUUCAAGCGAUAACAGUGUUAAACUGUGAAUGAUUAAUGAUUAAUGUUUGUCACCAUUAAGUAUUAGAACAUAUUUAAGAUCUGUUCAGCCUGUGAAAUUACAAUUUGAUGCACUGAAGAGUUUAUUACACUGUUAUUAGCGCAGUUAUUGCUACCUGUGUGGUCCUAGAAAUCAGAAAGCAGGGUUUUCGUAUUAGAUCAUCACUCAACGUAAAAUGUCUGUAACAGGUUAUAUAGAUCCAUUUUGAUACUUGAAUUGUUUUAUUUGUUCCAAUAAUGUUUAAUUUGGUGUAUUUUUUCAAUUCUGAUCUCUAGAAUCAAGAUGGAAAUGUAUUUAGUUGUAAAAUGUUGACUGAAAGGAAGGAAACCACGCUGUUAAGACUAAAGGGUAGGAGCGCACACACAAGCCAAAAGACUCAAGCCUUGUACAACAGAUUGUUUUUAUUCUGCUUAUUUGUCCAUGUUCCUAAAUUACAUCUGUUUGCCUGUCAAGCAACUCAACAUUGCUGCUAAUAUUGUGGUUUGUCAUUGAUUUGUACAUUUAGCGGACUGAUUUGCAGAGCGAAAAAUCAAUUUGGAGAGCAUUUGAGUUCAAAAACCAGUCGUAUUUCUCUGAAUCCUAAAUUUUUGGUUAAUAAAUGAACCUUGUUAUACUGAACCUGUGCUUUAUAAUGCAGCUUUGAACCAGUGUGAGAUGAGUGGACAAUAGCUGAGAAUAUGUAUGAAAAGGAAUUAAAACUCCAGCGGAGAAAUUGUUUGUAUCUGA